GGUUGAGGCUAACCUAAACUUUUCUUUCAAAGCCUUUUUUUUAAAUGUGCAUGGCAUUUUUGUUUUUAAUAUGGAGAAGGGGCACAGUCAGAAACGUGCGUAACACCUCCCCUUGCUCUCCCCGUGAAGCAGCCGAGGAGCUUAAGCUCUUGAAGGGUUAACAAACGACAACUAAGAGCAGCGAAAGAGCGACUUCCUUUUCCUGUUUCUGAAAGAAAUGCAGUGUGGAAAGGCGGGAACUCCUCUUUGUUUGCAGCGAUGUUAGAGGCGGGGGUUGCACGGAGGGAGCCACAAACUAAAGGGACUGGUGACCUUUGAGGAGGUGUUCUUGCAUUUCACCGAGGAGGAAUGGGCUCAAUGAGAUUCAGACCAGAGAGCUCUGUGCAAGGAGGUCAUCCGGGAGAUUAACAAGACGGCAACCUCUCUGGACAAGGAUUCUUUUGCCCUUUAUCAAUAGCUAUGGAAGGAUACAUCUGGGGAGUCAAGGCUGAGGGAGAACCAUCAGAAGUAUCGCUGGAAAAAGCUGAGGAACAGGUGCAGGAACAGAAACUGAGGAGUCAAGAUGGAGCAAAGAGACAAGAGGGGAGACAAACUCAUACAGGGGACAAACCUUAUAAGUGCUUGGUGUGUGGAAAGACCUUUAGUUGGAGUAGCACCCUUAGUAAACAUGAAAGAAUUCAUACAGGGGACAAACCUUAUAAAUGCUUUGAGUGUGGAAAGAGCUUCACGUGGAGUAGCAACCUUACUUCACAUCACAGAACUCACACAGGGAAAAAACCUUAUAAGUGCUUGGAGUGUGGAAAGAGCUUCAGUGAGUGUAGUUCACUUACUUUGCAUCACAGAGCUCAUACAGGCGACAAACCUUAUAACUGCUUGGAGUGUGGAAAGAGUUUCAGUCAGAGUGGCCACCUCACUUCGUAUCAAAGAACGCACACAGGGGACAAACCUCAUAUAUGCUUGGAGUGUGGAAAGAGCUUCAGUUGGAGUAGCAACCUUAGUAGACAUGAAAGAACUCAUACAGGAGACAGACCUUAUAAAUGCUUGGUGUGUGGAAAGACUUUCAGUUUCAGUAAAUCCCUGAGUGUGCAUCAAAGAAUUCAUACAGGGGACAAACCUUACACAUGCUUGGAGUGUGGAAAGAGCUUCCGUCAGAGUCAUGAGCUCACUCGGCAUCAAAGAAGUCACACAGGGGAAAAACCUUAUAAGUGCUUGGAGUGUGGAAAGAGCUUCAGUGUGAGGCUCUACCUGAGUCAACAUGAAAGAACUCAUACAGGGGACAAACCUUAUAAAUGCAUGGAGUGUGGAAAAACAUUCAGUCGGAGCAGCACCCUUACUUUGCAUCAAAGAACUCACACAGGGGGCAAAACUUAUAAAUGCUUGGAGUGUGGAAAGACCUUCAGUAGUGGUAGCGGUCUUACUUCACAUCACAGAACUCAUACAGGUGACAAAUCUUAUGAAUGCGUGGAAUGUGGAAAGACCUUCAGUCGGAGUAACGCCCUUACUUUGCAUCAAAGAACUCACACAAGGGACAAACCUUAUAAAUGCUUGGAGUGUGGAAAGAGCUUCAGUCAGAGUGGCAGCCUUCGUAAACAUGAAAGAACUCAUACAGGGGGCAAACCUUAUAAAUGCAUGGAAUGUGGAAAGACCUUCAGUCAGAGUGGCAGCCUUCAUAAACAUGAAAGAACUCAUACAGGGGGCAAACCUUAUAAAUGCUUGGAGUGUGGAAAGACCUUCAGUAGGGGUAGCGGUCUUACUUCACAUCACAGAACUCAUACAGGGGACAAAUCAUAUGAAUGCAUGGAAUGUGGAAAGACCUUCAGUUGGAGUAACACCCUUACUUUGCAUCAAAGAACUCACAUGAGGUACAAACCUUAUAAAUGCUUGGAGUGUGGAAAGAGCUUCAGUCAGAGUGGCAGCCUUCAUAAACAUGGAAGAACUCAUACAGGGGACAAACCUUAUAAAUGCAUGGAAUAUGGAAAGACCUUCAGUCGGAGUAGCACCCUUACUUUGCAUCAAAUAACAUAUACAGGGGACAAACCUUAUAAAUGCUGGGAGUGUGGAAAGUGCUUUAGUAAGAAUAACAACCUUAGAAAACAUGAAAGAACUCAUACAGGGGACAAACCUUAUAAAUGCUUGGAGUGUGGAAAGAGCUUCAAUUUCAGUGGUGCCUUUAUUCAACACCAAAGAACUCACACAGGGGAUAAACCUUAUGAAUGCUUGGAGUGUGGAAAGAGCUUCAGUCAGAGUAGCCACCUUACUUCUCAUCAAAGAACUCACACAGGGGACAAACCUUAUAAAUGCUUGGAGUGUGGAAAAAGCUUCAGUCAAAGUGGCACCCUUAGUAAACAUGAAAAAACUCAUACAGGGGACAAACCGUAUAAAUGCUUGGAGUGUGGAAGGACCUUCAGUGAGAGUAGCUACCUUCAUAAACAUGAAAGAACUCAUACAGGAGCCAACACCCAUAUAUGCUUGGAGUGUGGAAAGAGUUUCAGUCAGAGUAGCCACCUUACUUUGCAUCAAAGAACUCACACAGGGGACAAACCUUAUCAAUGCUUGGAGUGUGGAAAAAGCUUCGGUCGAAGUGGCACCCUUAGUAAACAUGAAAAAACUCAUACAGGGGACAAACCUUAUAAAUGCUUGGAGUGUGGAAGGACCUUCAGUCAGCGUUCCCACCUUACUUCACAUCAAAGAACUCAUACAGGGAAAAAACCUUAUACAUGCUUGUAGUGUCACAAGAGCUUUCAUCAGAAUGGGCAUCUUCUGGAACAUCAAAGGAUUCGUACAAGAGAAGAGCCAUAUAAGUUCUUUGAACGUGGUAAAAGCUUUAAGCAAACUCCAAUUCUUUCUGUACAUCAAAGGAUCCAUACAAGGAAGCAGGGCUACCAACAAGAUAUUCUGGGCUCGGUAUACUGUAUGUAGAUUGUGUCUUUGGGGAGUGCAGCAGAGGCCCCAAACUGGCAUAAAGCAUGCAUACACUUUAUGUCAAAUGCAAAUUUGUAGCCUCUUCUGCAGAUGGGAGUGGAGCACCAAAAAUAAUCCAGGGGUCACACUCAAAUAAUAAGAUAUCCAAUAGAAAUAAUAGCAAGAGGUGAAGCUUUCCCCACAAUUCCAUACUACAAAAGGGCAGAUAUUAAUCUGCCUGCCACAUUAUCGCUAUCAAAGGCAUGAGAGCCCUGCUCUCUUGCAAUGCCAACCCUAAACCAUGCAAAGAACUCAGGUUUCAUGAGUUGUAAAGGAAUUAUGUUACUGUAGGUUUUUUAUUUGCUGAUCUUAGGCAAGAUUAGGGUGGUAUUGGAGGGAAUCAAAAGUGAUUUAAGAUGUAUCGCAGUCCUCUCCAGAUGCUCAUGCUGGGAUAAAUUCAAGAUUUAAAUAGUUAAAAAGCAAGCCCUGUAGUCAUUUGUUGUGGUAUUUUUGAAUACUUCAUAAUAAAUAAGACUUCUUUUUCUUUUUCAUUUUUGAGCAAAAAGAAUUUUAAAUGUCCACUUGGCCAUUAAGCUCAAUUGGUACCCCUGGGUUAUGUGUUAACUUAUCUACCUCACAGGCUUGUUGUGAGGAUAGAAUGGAAAGGGGGAGAGCUCUGUACACCACCUUGACCUCUUUGAAUAAGAACAACAAAACAUUUAUGUGUUUAUACCAGCAGCACCAACCCACCCCCAAGAACUCCCAUAUUCCCUUUCCCCACAUAUUGCUGCUACAGGCAACUUAACCUAAGCCCCCCCAUCUCACUGCUGCAUUUCCCUAGGAAAAAAAACAGCAAACCAAGAAAUUGGAUAACUCUCCAGUUAUGAAGCAAACAGUCAACAUUUCCGUCCACUCCAGCACUGCAAUGUCCAUGCUAUAAAACAACAGCAACAAAGCAUUUGGACAACUUCAUAUAUGUUAAAAAUUAGCACUUGUAACUUCAAAAUUUGUAAUACAGCACAGACCAAAACAGGUGAGGAGACACUAGAAAUAAAUACACACACAAAGCCAGGAAAACACCCUUGCCCCCUCUCCAUGUUUCGAUUGCUACAUUUCACUCCUGAUUCUAUUACAGCAAACAAAAACAGUAUCUGAGCAUGUACAAUUUCACAUUUUAAACUCACUUAACAACUCAUCAUAGAGCCAGUGUGGCGUAGUGGUUAAGGUGCUGGACUACGAUCUGGGAGACCACGGUUCAAAUCCUCACACAGCCAUGAAGCUCACUGGGUGACCUUGGGCCAGUCACUACCUCUCAGCCUCAUGAAAACCCUAUUCAUAGGGUCGCCAUAAGUCAGAAUCAACUUGAAGGCAGUAUAUUUAUAUUUAUAUAUAUAUAUAUUUAUAUAUAUAUUUAUAUAUAUUGCCUUAGACCAGUUACCAACCAUCAUCUGAACCUACCUCUCAUGGCUGUUGUGAAGAUACAGAAGGGGGUAUAAAACAACUGCAAAAGGGGAUUUAGUGCUUGUUUCACAGGCAUCAGAUUUUGCUUUCUUUAACUAAAGUGAUGAUUCUUUGUAAAGGGACAUGUCUUAUAUUGUCCCCCACCCCAUUAGGGCACCUCCAGAUUUCAACCAAUUUAGCAUGAUUAUUGUGUGUUUAGAUUGUAUUUGAGCAAGCUUUCUGUCACCAUGAGCCCUUCCCUGCCGCUUCCUUAUAAGAAAGCCUGGGCAACAAUCUUGUACCUAGUUAAACCC